CUCACCUCCACCCCGUCUACCCUGCAGGAUGCCGCAGCUGAGCCUGUCCUGGCUGGGACUCGGGCCGCUGGCAGCAUCCCCGUGGCUGCUCCUGCUACUGGUCGGGGCCUCCUGGCUCCUGGCUCGCGUCCUGGCCUGGACCUACACCUUCUAUGACAACGUUCGCCACCUCCGAUGUUUCCCGCAGCCCCCCAAACGGAACUGGUUCCUGGGUCACCUGGGCCUGUUCCCUCCGGAGGAGCAGGGCAUGAGAGAUGUAACUCGGCUGGUGGCAAACUACCCCCAGGGAUUUGUGACCUGGCUGGGCCCCAUCAUUCCUCUUGUCAAUCUCUGCCACCCUGACAUAGUCCAGACUGUCCUCAGUGCCUCAGCUGCCAUCGCGCCCAAGGACAUAGUCUUCUACAGCUUCCUGAAGCCCUGGCUGGGGGAUGGGCUCCUGUUGAGUGCCGGUGACAAGUGGAGCAGGCACCGCCGCAUGCUGACACCCGCCUUCCACUUCAACAUCCUGAAGCCCUACGUGAAGAUUUUCAAUGACAGUGUGAACAUCAUGCACACCAAGUGGAAGCACCUGGCCUCAGAGGGCAGUGCCCAUCUGGACAUGUUUGAGCACAUCAGCCUCAUGACCCUGGACAGUCUGCAGAAAUGUGUCUUCAGUUUUGACAGCAAUUGCCAAGAGAAGCCUAGUGAAUAUAUUGCUGCCAUAUUGGAGCUCAGUGCCCUUGUGACAAAACGGCAUGAGCAGAUCUUCCUGCACAUGGACUUCCUGUACCACCUCACCCCUGAUGGACGACGCUUCCGUAGGGCCUGCCGCCUGGUGCACGACUUCACAGAUGCUGUCAUCCAGGAGCGGCGCCACACCCUCCCCAAUCAGGGUCUUGAUGACUUGCUCAAGGCCAAGGCUAAGGUCAAGACAUUGGACUUCAUUGAUGUGCUCCUGCUGACCAAGGAUGAAGAUGGGAAGGAACUGUCGGAUGAGGACAUCCGAGCUGAGGCUGACACCUUUAUGUUUGAAGGGCAUGACACCACAGCCAGCGGCCUCUCCUGGGUCCUGUACAACCUCGCGAAGCACCCGGAAUACCAGGAGCAUUGCCGGCAGGAGGUGCAAGAGCUCCUGAGGGACCGUGAGCCUAAGGAGAUUGAGUGGGAGGACCUGGCCCAGUUGCCCUUCCUGACCAUGUGCAUCAAGGAGAGUCUGCGGUUGCAUCCCCCAGUGGCAGUCAUCUCCCGCCGCUGCACCCAGGACAUUGUGCUCCCAGAUGGCCGGGUCAUCCCCAAAGGUGUUAUCUGCCUCAUCAGUAUUUUUGGGACCCACCACAACCCAUCCGUGUGGCCAGACCCUGAGGUCUAUGACCCCUUUCGCUUUGACCCAGAAAACAUCAAGGAGAGGUCACCUCUGGCUUUUAUUCCCUUCUCGGCGGGUCCCAGGAACUGCAUCGGGCAGACGUUUGCCAUGACCGAGAUGAAGGUGGUCCUGGCGCUCACACUGUUGCGCUUCCGUGUCCUGCCGGACGAGGAGGAGCCACGCAGGAAGCCAGAGCUGAUCCUGCGCGCCGAGGGCGGGCUUUGGCUGCGGGUGGAGCCGCUGAGCACGGGCCCACAAUGAGCCCCUGCCUCCUGGCCUGGGAUCCACCCUGACCCCACACACCACUUUUCUGAUUCCCAGGAAUAAAACUGUUUUGUCACCUGUG